AUGAAUUCUGACAAUAAUUUUGUAACUUCAUUUGGUACAAUUAGUGAAACUAUAGAUUUUGAUGAAGUUGCAACUUCAUCAAGUAUUCUUGAUACACAAAAUGAUUUAGAAGAUAAGUUCAUAGCCCUAUCUAAUAAUUUUGCACUUAAAAUAUUUGCAAUUUGCCCUUAUACUACUAGAAUUGACCAACUUUUUUUAUCUAUGGAUUUAACUAAACCAAAAUCACAAAACCAACUAUUUAUUCCAACAUUAAAAAUGAUUUCACAAAUAAAAUCUGGUUUAACAAAAGAAAUUAGUAAAAAAGACCAGAAUAAUCAGACAUUAAACAGUAAUAGUAAUAGUGACACAAUCUCUACAGAACUAAAAGACUAUGAUGAGAUGUUUUCUUCAGUUUUUAAUACUAAUAAUAUUGAGUUAGAAACUAAUAAAGUUGAAGAAAUUUAUACAGAAGUUGAACAAAAUUUAUCAAAUUCAUAA